AUGUCCAACGACAUCCUCACGCAGCUGCAGACCUGCUACGACCAGCUGCUGACCCAAUUCUUCGCCACGCUGAGCUACCUCUCACAACGACACCCGCUGGUCGCACCGGACCCGGACCCCAGCGACCCGUUCACAAACCCGCCGCCAGGCCUCGCCGUCGCCCGAACAGGAGGGAAUAGAAGGCCCCAAAUAUCCCAAACCGCAGGUGGUGGUGCUGCAACGAGCCCCGCAGCCGCUGGCGCCAGCGAGGCUGCUUCCGCACAACAACAACAACCGCCCGCCGCGAUCGUCAAUCCGGGACCCGAGGACACAGAGCGCGCGCCGUUCCCCCUGCACCCGGUGGCGGAUCGGACGUUCGCGAACGCGCAGCGCGAGUUGGCCGAGGACCUGGUCCUCAAGGGCCAGCAGAUCGAGAUGCUGAUUGCGCGGUUACCGGGGAUCGGCACGGGUGCGGCGCAGCAGGCAGAAGACAUCAAGGUGCUGGCGGACAAGGUGCAGAAGAUGGAGCAGGAGAGGCGGGCGAGGAGGAGGGAGAUGAAACAAUACGCGGAUCGGCUGGAGCGGGUCAUCAUGGCCAUGUCGGUGAACGUGGAUUACGGUGACGGUGACGGUGACGGUGACGACAAGGAGGGCAUGAACGGGCAUGGAUGA